AUGUCGAAGAAGAGGAGCGAGGAGUAUCUCCGUCAGCGCGAGAACGGCUUCAACUUGUCUGGCGUGCACCAGGAUCGCCUGCCGCAGUACAACGCGCUGUUGGACCGGAACUUACGCCACCACUUUGAGAGUCGCCCACUGCAGAGCCACUUGAAUGAGCUUGGACUGAUUGAUCAGCGUGGUAGAAUUGUGGAUCUGGACAAGCAGAAGUCCAAGUUGUUUAUAAUCGACCAGGAGUUCAAACUGGCUGAGGAGGUCGAGAGAAGGAAGCAGCGCGAGGAGGAAGAGCUGCGUCGUCGCGUGCAAAUGAAGCGCCACGACGCACUCCAGAAUGCUCGUCAGAGAGAGAAACUGCAACAACUCAAGGAAGAGAAGAAGAUUGCACGUGAGAUCAUUCAAGCAUCCAAAGGCUACAGCUCCGCGAGCAAAUUACCCAAAAGUAGAUAA